UAUCUCUACUUUAUUCUCUUGAACUCACCCCUAAAAAGAAGACGAUCCCCCCUCGAUCCUCCUUGUGUUCACAAACAACAUCUUCUCUCUCUCUCUCUCUCUCUCUUUGAAAUCAAACCUAGAAAGCUAGAGGCCAUACAAAAUCUUUUGCUCUUGUUUGUUCCCACAUAUCCUAUAAUUCCUAUUUGAGCAUGAACAUCUUAACCAACAGUGCGUUUUGAGAAGAGAAGAAAGCUUUUGAUUGUUGAUAAUAUACCUAGUUAAACCAUGUCAUCCCCUUCAGAAUUAAGUCUGGAUUGCAAACCACACAGCUAUUCUAUGCUAUUAAAAUCUUUUGGAGACCAUGCUGACCAAACCCAAAAGCUUGAAGAGGUCCUUAUUCGUCUUGAGGAAGAGAGGUUCAAGAUUGAUGGUUUGAAGCGUGAGCUUCCUCUUUGCAUGCAACUUCUCACCGACGCUGUGGAGGUUUCAAGGCAACAACUACAGGCCUAUAGAGCAAAUCAAGGGCCGCGACCAGUUCUUGAAGAAUUCAUACCCCUCAAAAAUUGCAGCUCCGAAAACUCAGACAAAUCCCCAACCAUCUCCGAUAAGGCAAAUUGGAUGACAACUGCUCAACUUUGGAGCCAAACAGGCAAUGAAACCAAACCACAAGCCAAUACUACGUCCCCUAAAGAGACUGAUGUAGGAUUCAAUGUUAGUCCCAAGCUGGCCCUCGAUAGCAAACAGAGAAAUGGAGGAGCUUUCCUUCCAUUCUCAAAAGAACGAAACUCGUGCCCGAGUCCAACUUUAAGGGCUCUGCCCGAUUUGGCCCUUGCAUCUGCUGAUAAAGAGAUGGAAGAUAAGAAAUGCAAUGAAAAUAAUGAAAAUGGAAUUUCUUGUUCAAGGAGAGAGAAUAUUGGUAAGGUUGGGAAUGUUGGGGUUGCGAUUGAACAAGUAAAAGGCACUUGUAAUUCAAUAGAUGGUCAAACAAAUUCAAACAAUCCUACAAAUGCUUCCCAAACUCAUAGGAAAGCAAGGAGGUGUUGGUCCCCGGACUUGCACCGCAGAUUCGUGAAUGCUCUUCAGAUGCUUGGUGGUUCUCAAGUAGCGACUCCAAAGCAAAUCCGGGAGUUGAUGAAGGUUGACGGUUUGACUAAUGAUGAAGUUAAAAGCCAUCUGCAGAAAUACAGGCACACAAGACGACCUAGUCCAAGUCCACAAGCACCAGGAGCCCCCCCACCACAUAGUAGUUUAGGUGGCAUUUGGGUACAACCAGAGUAUGCCACGGCAGCAGCUGCAGCCCACAACGGAACUCCCACUCUCUAUACCAUCCUCCCUCAUACUCCAACACAUUUCUGUGCCGCAUCACCGGUACCACAAGAUUUUUACACUGCACAACCUCCACCGCAGCCGUCAGUACCACCUUUGCCACCACCCCACCAACAGAUGCACCACCACAGCCUCCAAAAUCAACUCCACCUCUAUAAGGCCAGCUCACAAGGCCACAAUUCACCGGAUUUGAUUUACGGGGAGCUGGAGACCGCUCGGAGAGCAUAGAAGAUGGAAAGUCCGAGAGCAGCAGCUGGAAGGGAGAGUGGUGAGAAUGGCAUUGCGGAGAGAAGAGGGUUGGCUGCACUCAGGGAAGAUGGUGAAGAGAGCAAUGGAAGUGAAAUAACUCUCAAGUUUGAUGUUAUUAGAAUAGGGUUAGGGUUUUUUAGAUCUCCGAAGUUGCUACCCUAUUACUGUUAUAUUAUUAUUAUUAUUCGAAAUUCUUAUGUUAAAUAUCUAGAGAGGGUUAAAACGACAUAUUUAAAAAGUGAACGUUUGUUUUGUACUCUUGAAGUGUUUGAUGUCCUUGAAAAAGAUUGAAAUUGGAUUA